GUAUUUUUGUAGCUGCGUUUCAUCUGGUACGGCUGGCCUAGAACGAUAUGUUCGUUCGGAUUUGUCUUUUGUUUCGUUUUUCAAACGUACUCCCAGAGCGCUCAUAUAAAAUCACGUGUAAGAAGAUGUUGUCUAGCUUGUUUCUACUGACCUGAGCAGCUCUUUGUGCUGCGUGCUUGAUCUAUUGGAAUAACUCUGUAGUUGUAGCUGCACUCAGUUUCACACUCACUUUGCACACACUGUCAGACGUCUCAAAAGAUGGUCGAGCAUGUCGCCAUGCAGGGGUGGCAGGCAGUCCCGAUAGAGCUGCUCACUGAUCUAUUAUUUGUAACACCUCCCCUUCCACCCCCUCGUUGUGAGUAUGUAGAAGCAUCAGUGCCAGUGGCACCGGGAAGAAAGGGUCAGCACGCCCUGCGCUUUGCGAAUUCUUUAUGUCACUUUGUUUUUUUUAUGGUGUUGGGGGUCCCUCCAAUGAAUCUGUCUUGGUCUUGGUUGAGGAAUGUCCCCCUUCACGUCCGAGCGCGAUCGGCGAUGGUAUCCACUUACCUAGAAUGCAUGACGUAGGCUGAAGCAGAAGCAGAGAUAUGACACGCUGUGAAAUUAAUGAAAAGGUUCACAGUUCCUAACAGAUGAGGGGGAGUUGUCAUGCAUGAUACGACCCGACAACGGUACAGAAGACGGGAAUUGCCGUCGCGGCUGUCGUUGUGGCGUUGUGCAUGGAGCUGGUGCGGUAUGAGAGUGCACAAUUUAUUCCCGUCCCCCUCAUUUGUCACGCAAAAUUCCAGAUGUAGUUGUUGCCUUGUGGCGCUGGUUGCAUGUCAAAUCUAUUUCGGAAGCCUAAACAGUCAAAACUGCCGGCUGCAGUUCUGUUUGGCAAACAGAACUGCAGCCGGCACAGGAACUUUCUAGACGCAGGCUCUAGUAUGUUCCUCGCCGUUUCUCAUGCUAUACAUGCCCUCCAAAUCAGUAUGAGGUGAUGAGGAGAUGUGCAUUCUCAUACCCGUUCCUGGAGUUGGGGCCGUUCUCUUGGUCAGACAGCGAAACACGGGGCUUCAGCAGCAAGCAGCAGUGGAGCUGCAGCAUCCAGCAGCGGGUAUCACAACUUCCCAAUGUUCCUUCGCAUUGUUCAUAUUUGGCACAAAAAUUUGUCACGGAGCAGCGGCUAUGGUAGAUAGUAUCCACGUAUCGCUUGUUUAUGUGUGAAUAGUAUAAACCCACUACUUCCUUCCUUGACAGCUCUGAGCCAGCAGCCGUACCGCCAAGCUCGCCAUCCGCUGCGAGCACGCCGCAAGCAUCCGUCGGGGGCCCCGUUGGUAGCGCUGGAGGGCGCGCGGUAAUGCUGCGGGAUACCGCACAGCGCGUGAACGCAAUGGGGCACAAGCUGCGUGCCGGUAUGGCGUUGGGCGCUGAAGUGGGUGGGAUAAUGUUGAAAACUUCCGCCAUGCUGAAGCUCGUGCGGAAAUCGCAGGACGCCGGUACUACCACCCCGGAGCAGGCGGUUGGUACAACUACAAAAGGCGGCGCGGGAUUUCAGGAAAGCUUACAUUUCUACUGCCCCAAAGCGUCGACUUCUAAUAAUCCUGCUGGCCAAGGACAGACAAUGCCCGGUCUCGAGGAUGGGAUGGGUCCGGAUGAAAUGACCGCGAUGGAGGUGCUGCACUUUCCGCUGCAGCCCGGUGACAUCGAAACUCCAGAGGACGAAGAAACCAAGUACAGAUACUUAAUACACAGAGAUAAAUACAACAUUUGUUAUAUGACAGUACUAUGGAGCUCGGCUGCGCAUUUUAUUUUUUCUGGGUGUGGCCGGGUACGCGGAUUCAACAGAUAUAUUGAUUCAUUACAAAUGACGUCGUUGUAGUAGCACAAGCAACAUGAUCAUAAAAAACACAACUUAAAAAUCACCAGCCGCUCGCUGCUCAUUCGGGGUACGCGCGUGCUUUUCGGAGGGGUGCACGAGCGCGCGGAGUUUUUGUUGGCAAUCCGCGUCUUAAACCAGCAGAGCCAGCGGCUGCUCCAAGGCGGCGCACCGAGUGCAGCGACUGGCUUGGCCGCGGGCAAUGCCAGUGAAGUUUUUAGCUGA